AUGAUUCGUGGUCUUACUAUCUCAUUACGUUUAAUUAUACCUUGGUUCAUCAAAUUUAUGUAUUACUUAUUCUUAAAGUUCAUUAGAGAAAGACAACAAAAACAAGAACAAUCAGAUAAAUUAAAAUGUUCAUGUUCAGUAAUUGCAUCAAAAUACAAACAAUUUGUUCAAAUUGAAGCAGAGUUUCAUCAAAUUUGUACAAGCUCAUUUACUUCGGAUCAAUGGCGAAUCAAUAUAACAACUGGUCUUGUUCCUAAUCUUACUGUUUAUGAACAGAGAGAUUAUCGUCGUUUUCUUUCUGCUCAUUUACAAUAUUUUCAAGGAUUAUGUCUAUUUUCCAUUCAAUCAGUGAACAAUUCAAUUGAACAAUUUCUGACGUCACUUUUCAUUACUUCAGAAGUUUUAUCAGAAAAAGAUUUUCAUGCACGUUUUCAUUUAUUGAUCGAACAGAGUAAAUCAAGUGCACCGAAAACAUCCGCUCAUCUUUUCUUUUUAAUUAGGAGUAUCAAUCAUGGAAAUGCUAUGGUAUCGACUUAUGGAACAAAUUUUGAAUAUAUUUCGACUUGGUUUUGGAACAAUGACUACUAUCCUUAUAUAUCUAAUCAAGCAAUAAUCUAUGAUAAUAAUUGUUCUUGUGGAUUAUAUCCAAAUUGUACUACUCAAGCAAAUUUUAUUGAAAGAAAUUCUUCUAGAAUUUCAAUAAAAGGCUUGAAAAUAGGUUGUACACCAAGUGAAUCAUUACGUUCUUCAACUCUUGAAUGUUUCUAUGAUCAAUCAUGUAUUAAUCAAAUUCAACGAUAUACCAGUUCAACAAAUAAAAUUAUUCCUCUUGAGAUAAAUAUGAGUCGAUUCUCAAUCAAUACUACUGUAGCUGAACUUAUCAAUGAUUUAUUUGUUGAACAAUGGGCAACAGCACUAAAUUAUUCAUCCUAUUAUAAACAAUGUUUACCUUUAUUAUGUUCAUGUACUUACAUUCAAAAAUUCAACAUACUCUAUAUAAUAACGAUUUCACUUGGUCUUCAAGGUGGUUUGACAAUUGUUCUUCAAUGGAUUUCUCCCAAAUUAGUUCGAAUUAUAGCAAAACUAUAUAAAAAUCGAAAGAAACGAUUAAAUAUUAUUGAACCAUCAUGUUCUUUUAAUAUGAUAACUAUUGAAAUUGAUAACAUAAAUAUUGAAUUUUACUUUUUAUUAUUAGCAUUAUCGACAACAAUGACAGUCAAUAUUAUCAAAAAUAUAACAAAACCAAUACCAAAUUGUCAAUUACAGUUCCAAGCAACAACUAGAUAUAGAAGUGGUUCGACUGCUGGUCUUAGAUCACCCGUUAUCGGUGAUUUUAAUGGUGACAGUCUACUCGAUGUUGCCUUUUUCAAUUACUAUACCAAUAGUAUGCAUGUAUUGAUUGGAGAUGGUAAAGGAAAUUAUACUGCAGAGAUGAAGACUUUGGUAGGAUCAUUCAACAGUUGGUUUUUUAUUAUUACUACGGCUGAUUUUAAUAAAGACAAUAAACUUGAUCUUGCUUUUACCAGUGAAAAUAAGGCCUAUGUCUAUCUGCUAUUCGGACAUGAUAAUGGAACAUUUCGACCAGUAGUAUCAAUCUUCUUGGGAAACAAAACUAAUGUGAGAGGAAUUGUUGUUUUUGAUUUCAAUGGUGACAAUCAUUUAGAUAUUGCUGUCGUCCAUCCAUCGAAUAGUAUUAUUAUUGUAUUAUUAGGAAAUAAUAAUGGAUCUUUUUCAACACGGACGACAUAUUAUACAGGACGUAAUGGAAAUCCAUCGUCAGUUGCCAUCACUGACUUUAAUGGUGAUGGUUACCAAGACAUUGUUUAUAAUAAUAUUAUGUCCAGAAAUAUUGGCAUUUUAUUUGGACGUAGUAAUGGAACCUUUGAACAACAAAAGACAUCUUUCACUGAUGGGUUUUAUUAUUCAUCUUUUAUUGCUAUUGGCAAUUUCAAUAGUGAUAAUCGAUCAGAUGUCGUUGUCUCGUAUAAUUCUGGAAAUAGUUUAGGUGUUCUUUUAGGCUAUGGUAAUGGAACUAUGGGUCCAGUAGCCCAGUUCCCAGUGGGAAAUAGAACAAAUUACCCAAGAAUUGCUGUUGGUGAUUUUAACAAUGAUGGUCAUUCGGACAUUGUUGUUAAUUCCAUCUUACGCUCCGUUAUAUAUAUUCUAGUUGGAUAUGGAGAUGGAAACUUUGAAGUGCAAAUGAUAUUUUCUACAGGAUUCGUUGGUACUUAUACUUGGGUUGAUGUUGCUGAUUUUAAUAAUGAUGGUUGUCAAGAUAUACUCGCUUCGGAUGAUACAAGAGGUGCUGUAUUUAUUCUUUUGAAUAUCUGUCAAUGUCAAUUAAAUCAAACCGUCGAGACAAGCACCUCGAUACAUCCUUGA